AUGAGAGCAGCGCAUGCGGGUCUCAAUGCUCAUCUGUGUAUAAAGGUGAAUAACUCAGCUGACAUAGGAAAGCCAGAGCGACAGACCCUUGUUAACAUAUACGUAUUGACGUUGGUUCACGGGCGCCCUGACAUCAAUAUGCUGGACAAAGGUGACAGCACGUUUAUGGAGUUCAGGAAGCAGCAGCUGGACAGUCGCAUGAAAGAGCUAACGAAUAGAGUGUGCCAAAUCACUCAGCCGUGGUGUAUUUUGUUUUACAAGUGUAAGGUUUUCGGGUUUAGAGGAGGUGCCGAACACAGAAAUCUUCAGGUGGAACAAUACUUAUUGAGUGUGGAACCGGGAAACAGAAUUCUAACAUUUCAAGGUAGCAUGCGUAAGACUGUUCAAGGGAGACUUAAUCAACGAAAAAUUGAAGCAAAGGUUUCAAGACAGUUUGAAAUGCCCAUUAAUCAGAGGUGUGUUGUUAAACAUUUUGCUAAAUUUUACUGGAAACAGCUACCAGGAACAGCCACAGUAUCGAUAGCGUUUUCGUCACAAGUUGUCGGAGGAAACACAUUAGGGACCUUCAUAAAAAGUAUGUUUCAGGAGGCUGGUAUAAGCACAAAAUGCAGAAAUAUAAGAAACCAUUCUGGCAAAGUCACCCUGUUCAUCCGCCUGUAUAAAGACUCGUUUGAUGAACAGGCGAUAAUGAGUCGGAGCGGCCACAGAAGCACUGCAGUGCGGGAUUACAAACGAACGUCAACAGCACUGAGGAGGAGCCUAAUCGACAGGCUGCAGCCGCCGAUGGCUCCAAUCACUACUGCAACGGCGGCCCUUGCGACUUACUUAUGUGAACCAACUGAUGUUGUGUCAAUGCCUUUAUCAGCGACAACGAUGUCCACUCUCUUUGCUACAAUGAAGUCGGGCCAGAAAAAUGCAAUGAGAAAUAUCAAGACAGAAACCUCAUGUCAAAAAACAGAGCAAAAUGCCAUUGAAAUAUGCAUGCCUGAGAUAUAACAACCGUUAUAAUAAAUAAAAACGGCAAAAAAGUAUCUUGAACUCUAUAGAUAAUGUAUUUUGAGUGGUAUAAUUUAUGUAACAAGUUAUGUGUUUUUACAUGAAUUUAUAUUUGUUUUUGUUUAUAUCUCUGCAAAUCAUGUAGACUC